UUUUACAUUGCCGAGGUGGGGAUACGGUAACUGGCGUUCUUGUUGAAAGAAAUUUACGAAAGUGGCGUUUUAUUUCAUUAUAUUUUUAAUAAAUUUGUGUAAAUUAUAAACAUAAACACAACUUUUAGUUACUAGGAUUGUUUAAGGAAAGUGAUAGUGUUUUGUGAUUUUGGAGUAAAGAAAGCUUGCUCAACUGGGAAUCUAACAGCGUGGCUCCAUUGGCUUCUCUUUGUUUCUGUACUUUCUGUCAGGGAAAGUGUAAGGUCGUCUUCAUGAGCAACAAUGAAGCGCACUUUCAACCGCGAAAGGUAACCUGAGGGUCGACAUCGCGGAAACAGUGGUUUUCUAAAAAUCCGUUCCAGGUGAACCGUCACCCGAAAACGAAGACGAGGAGGAGGACGAAGGGAAGAAGGAAAAACGGGAAGUGUAGUAGUUAGUUAGUGCGCGGCGUCAGCGGCGAAGCUAUAGUGCAUGUGUUGCUAGUCGCGUCCAAUGGACAAGAGAAAAAUGAUGCCCAAACGGCCUAGGUUCGAGCCACGCGGCCCCAUCUCAAACGGUCCCAUGCAGACCCGGCCCCUCGUCGCUCUUUUGGACGGCCGGGACUGUUCCAUCGAAAUGCCCAUAUUGAAGGACGUGGCCACGGUGGCGUUCUGCGACGCGCAGAGUACCAGCGAAAUACACGAAAAAGUGCUGAACGAGGCCGUGGGCGCGCUCAUGUGGCACACCAUCAUCCUGACCAAGGAGGACUUGGAAAAGUUCAAGACGCUGCGGAUCAUUGUGCGUAUAGGAAGUGGCGUGGAUAAUAUUGACGUGAAGGCGGCUGGGGAAUUGGGUAUAGCGGUGUGCAAUGUGCCGGGUUACGGUGUAGAAGAGGUCGCCGAUACGACCAUGUGUCUCAUAUUGAACCUCUACAGGCGGACCUAUUGGUUAGCUAAUAUGGUCAGAGAUGGAAAGAAAUUCACAGGACCCGAACAGGUGCGGGAAGCGGCCACAGGCUGUGCAAGGAUACGAGGCGAUACGUUGGGAAUCGUCGGUCUGGGCAGGAUAGGAUCAGCGGUGGCUUUAAGGGCGAAAGCCUUCGGCUUCAACGUCAUCUUCUACGACCCAUACCUACCCGACGGCAUCGAGAAGAGUCUCGGAUUGACGCGCGUCUACACCCUCCAGGACCUUCUUUUCCAGUCGGACUGCGUCUCACUGCAUUGUACCCUCAACGAACACAACCACCACCUUAUCAACGAGUUCACUAUCAAACAGAUGAGGCCUGGGGCGUUUUUAGUUAAUACAGCUCGUGGAGGCCUAGUCGACGACGACGCUCUAGCACAAGCCCUGAAACAAGGCAGGAUACGGGCAGCAGCUCUGGACGUACACGAAAACGAGCCAUACAAUGUAUUCACGGGGCCUCUUAAAGAGUGCCCGAAUUUGCUGUGCACGCCGCACGCGGCGUUUUACAGCGACGCCUCGGCUACGGAACUUAGAGAAAUGGCCGCCUCGGAAAUCAGAAGGGCGAUCAUGGGCAGGAUACCGGAAUGCCUGCGGAACUGUGUUAAUAAGGAGUACUUCAUGGGCCCCGGCGCAUACCCUGAAGGUACAGUGUCUCCGGCUGGAGUGAAUGGUGGUUACUAUCAGGGCGGAGCCCUACCAGUCCAACAGGCGCACUCUACGACACCUCAUGAUGCAUCUCUCACAGUGACACCUAGUGCAGCGGCGCCGCCUACACCACAGCCCGCGCCUCCCGUGGGACCAGUUCCUGUACCGCCCCAUGCUAUUCCCAUGAGUACUCCUGAUCCAGCAAAUCACCAUGCAUCAAAGCCGGAACCGUCGGAAGUCCACUAACGGUGUCUCAACAACCCAGAUAAGAAUUUCUUGAAGGGCAAAGUACUGCUAGGAAUGUGUGGAGUGCAUGUUGAAUCACAUUAUCAUUUAAAUACGUUCAUGUUCUUUCAACUCUUUAAGGUAUACAUAUCGUAAACAAAAAAGAAAUGGGAAAUACUUACUUUCUACAUCACAUGCCUUAUAAUAAAAACAAAAAAAAAAAUAUAACAAAAAACCCGCCGUGUUUGACUCAAUCUGAAAGCUUUGGUGUAUUAUUUUUAAUAAUUAUUGUAUUGUGAUUUUAUUUUAAAUAAUUAUAAUUUAAUUAUUGUUUUUUUUGCAAGAAUCAAAAAUAUUUGUGUAUAUAAGCAUUUUAUCUGAUUUUUAUUAAAUGAGUGUGGAAUUAUUAGUUACUUGGAAAUUGUGAUUUAGUGACUUAGGUUUUCAGAUGAGUCCCAGUCAUUGCAGGGUGAGUCGCUUUGGAAAAUAUCUUCUUUUAAUGACGUGAAAAUAAAAAUCUCACAACAAAUUCAUCGAAUAUUAUGGUUUUAAAUUUACUUAAUGAAUAAAAUUAUAGGAACGAAAAAUGUGGUUUAACAAAACAAAAAACUAAAGGUCAGUGCUUUUAAAUAAAUCAAAUAGAUUAAAAGACUGAUAAUAUAUUUAAAACUGAUCUGCAUUAUUCAUACUCUUAUUCUUUCUACCUACCUGAAUUACAAAUACUGUUUAUUUUUGUAUCAUAUUAUAUUCUUCUUUAAAAUUGUGUAGUACAUAUGUAUUUUGUACUUAGACUGCUGUUUUUAUAAAAUUCGAUAGUGUGAAUUCUGUAAGGGCUAACAAUUAGAAUGUUCAGUUUUAUAUACAAAUCGUAUUUGAAAAUGGUAAUUUGGAUGUAAAUGUUUGGAAAACAUUUUAAAUUUAAUACUAAUACAUAAAGUUUUGGCAUGUCCUAAGAGUAGAUGCUGAUCAAAUUGGCAAUACUAGUUCUCUCCAAUUAAUAAAGUACAAAAUACAUUUUUUUUACCUUCUAUACUGGAAUAAGUUAACGCGAAUGGUACGUAGAGUCAAAAGUGAAAAUUAUUUACAUUAAUUAAUGUCACACCGGAAUAAGUUGGAACAAAAAUUAAAGGCAUAUAAAGUUGCAUGGGAUUGUGACCUUAUUGAUAUUGUUAAUAAAAAAUACAAAGUGAUUUAGACCUGUUUAUAUUAAAAGUAAAUAGUUAUAACUCUUUAUUCGUCCUUUAAAAUAAUUCUACAAUGAUAUGGCUGGUUCAUUUAUCCAGAAAAUUAAAACUAAAUAUAUUUUUUAACCCAAAACACUCGUUAUUAGUUCAGAAAUUAAACAAACAUUUUUGGAUUAUAUGAGUAUAUUCUCUUGAAGCAUUUGAACAAUGUCCCCAAAACUAUAGAAUAUAAAAAAAAUUAUUUAGUGAGAAUGUGUGUUUUUCGCACGUACGUGGCUUAUAUCUGGUUCAAAAUAUGCAAAUUUUGUCUGCAAACUUAUUAUUAAGCCACAUCUACAAAGUGAUAUAUUGAAAAAUGAUUUUUAUGAACAUUCUGGUAGUUGGUAUUUAUAGAAUCGAAUUAUUUUUUAAUCUAAAUCUAAAAUAACUUAUUUUUGAAGGCAGAUAUAUUCCAGAGACGUUAACAUUGACUCUACCUAUUACAAAACAUAAAUGACACGAAUUUAAUAUAUUUUUCUGAUUUAUUCAUGUUCGGUUUAACAUUGUAUAUUUAGAUGAUUUUAUUGUCAAGAAAAAUUAUUUUAUGUACUUUUUUUCUCUGCUUAACAUUGUAGGGAAAACAUCAUUGAUUUUCUUAGUAUUAUCAUUAAAGUGCAUUGAUACAAAAUAAAAAAAAAUUGUUGGUAAAAGUUUUUUACAAAGAAGAAUGGGUCGAUGGUAUUUUUUUGUAGGAUUUAGGAUUUUGUUGUUUUGUUCUAUAUGUUUAGGACUUGAUUUUCAUCGUUAAAAUACGGAAUGUCUCAACAAUGUCAUUUAGUAAAAAUUAAAGCAUAAAUAAGGCAAAUAUUAAUCAAAUAUCCUAAAAUUCAUACAAUAUUCUUACGAUAUUUCAAAAUGUGGAAAUGUAUUUUGUAAUUUUUAACUAAACUUUAACUACAAAAUGAUAAUACUGCAUUUUAAAAUGAUUUUAAUUGAUUUUUUAAUAAUACAAGAUUUUCUAGAGAAUAAUAACGUAUAUAAUCUUGUAUUGCUAAAACUAAUAGUAAACUAAAGUAUUCAAAGGUUGAGACAUUCCGUACAAGGCAAGUUGAUAGAUAAUUUUCGAAGAAUUACUAUUUGCCCAUUCUGUACUCCAUAGAUUAAACCGUAUUUUCAGGUAUUCGCCUAGUGCAGAUCAUUCAAGAUCACAUUCACUAUUAUUUUUUGUUUUAAUCUUUAUUUCUGUGUCUUUUUAAUACUAAGUGCAUUAUUAAGUUCAGAGGAAAGCUAUAACUGCGGUAUUUUUUACAAGAAUUAUUAUAUAUUUUAAGUUUUAGUUCUCAAACGGAAAAAGGUUGAAUCCGAGGAUGGUUAUUUUGGGAACGGAAGAGAUUCCGGUUCCAAAUUUGAUCAAAAUGUACUUUAUGUACUCAAAUUGUACCCAAAUGACGGUUAAUUUGUUGGUAAUUAUAUUAGUUACCUUAUUUUGGCGUCAGUCCUCAAUUACGGCAAUGAUCAAUAAAGAAAGUAAGUUAUAAGCGUUAAGUUGACAGAUAUAAAUGCCAAUUAUUAUGAAUUAACAGAUAUAGAUUGUCAAUCAAGCUUAUACUAACAAACGUAAUUGUCAAUGUAACAUAAAAAUUAUGAAUUGGAGUAUUUGCAUUUAAAGAAAGACACAAUUCAGAUUAUUUUCUAAUUAUGAAACAAAAAAAGGUGUUGGUGAACGUUCCUGUGAAAAACGUUGCUCGAUGUAAUGAAUCUGUACAAAAACAUUGCCCGAUUGUAACUAAUGUUUUUGUGUUUCCCAGAAUAACCGUUUUUCCAGAUUUCCGACCUGUAUAUGUGUACAAUAUCGUUUAUUUAGGAAAUGCUGCAAUGUUGUAUGAAUGAUUAAUAGCCCAAGAAUUUUGUGUUAAGACAUUUUUUAGACAAAAUAUACUAUAAAUUAUAUGAGAAUAAAGUAUAAGCUGAUGAGACAUUGUUAAAAAACAACCAGUGAAGGAUGAAAAAAAAAGUGGACUUAAGAUACAUUUUUUGAGAGGUGAAGUGUGCGGUACGGAUAAAUUUCAUAUUUGUAGAAUAUUAGUGAUAUUUGUGACUAAUUUCAGUAACAUACAAACUGCUUUUGAUUUAUUGCGUAUUUUUGUUUAAUAUCUUGUAUUAUUAUUAAAUAUUAUUUUGUUGCGAUUUGCAGUAAAGACAUUCCACGUAUUGGUUUAGCGAUAAAAAUUGUUUGGAUGGUGUUGUGUAAGCUUCAGGCUAAUACUAUCAGAAGUGGCAGCUGCUAAGUAAAAAAAAGCAAUUAUAUUAAAUACAAAAACUAAGUUGGACCUUGAUUUAUGAAGUGUUGCACCAAAAAAAAAAUCAUGACUGACAUGCUUUAAAUCUUAACAAAACUUUGAUUACCGCUAAUAUUUCCAAAACAAAAAUCAAUUUUAUAAUCGAAAAAUGAGGAAGAACUGUGUAACCUACAAAGUUUCUUAUAAUAAAUCAUUUAGGUGAUGAUUACACUACAUUGUUCAUUUAGGAAGUGACAUUCACAGUUGUGGUGUACUAUUUGCUCAGUAUAUUUUUAUAUAAAAAAAAAAUAUUUAAAAAACCCUUAAAAUAUUCGUAAAUGGUAGAAAAUGGUUCACCGACUGCAAAUUAGAUUUGAAAAACGAAAGUACGCAAUAACAUUUUUAUGAACACAAUAGUACAGCAUGUGAAAUGAAAUUUGUAGGGCUAUUGGACUUCCACAAAAUUUUCAAAUAAAUAUCUUGAAACUUG